CUCGCUUGUUCUACUUUGAUCCCGCGCGAGCCCUUAUCACGGUCACGCUCGAGCUCAACGCGAGUACAAGCUAGUCAACGGAGAUUUUAAGUUGCUGUGUCAUUACGCACAAUCGAGAGCAUACUUUGCUAUGGACUAUAACGAAGCAUCGAGAGUCGUAACUGAAUACAUCAAAAGUCCUACGGGUCAUACGACCCAUUAUCUCCGAUUCCUACAGGCUCUGAUUGUUGAACUCGACGUUCGUGACGCACGCGCGCGGGACUUUCCUCGAAGCGUCACUGCAGCGAAGAAGAUGAUCAAAGCGGAGAUUCACAUCAAUAUCAAGUCGUACUAUCACGCGCGGGGGAAGGGCCAGGCUGCCAUAGUGAAUCUGAAGUAUCCCAGUAAGGCUGCGCUUCAAAGGGCUCUGAAGGAAGUUAGUCACAAAAAGCGCGCGGGGUUAGGAUGGGUAAAGGAUAAAGGGCUACAGGUGCUGCUCGUGUUGUUGUAGGUGCUGCGUGUAUAUAUUGCUAGGAUCCGACAUCUAUCUUGACUUGAAG